AUGACUGAGCAGAUCUACAAGCAGAGCUCGCCGGUUGCGACUCUGUACAGCGAGUCGCCCCUCCCUGCGGAUUCACCAGACGCUACGCAUCCCAACGCGCUGUCAUCAGUAGUGCCCGAACCCAUAUAUGUCUCUCGCGAGCAGUCCAGCGGGUUGGUGACCAAAAGCGGGCUCAGCGCCCUGCAACACACAAUCGCCAGCCUCAACGUUUUCCAGCAUCUUCCUCGAGAUGCGUCCCAAGGCGUCGACGACCUCAGACGCAUGAAGAUGGCGCUAGUUAGCGGGAUUCCGGAUGAAGUACACUGGGCGCUGAAAAAAUACCUUGCAUAUAGCAACAAGGCGCCGUUUAUGAUAAGCUUGAAGGGCAAUAGAGACCUCAUCCCGCUUUUCAACCAGCUAGUCGUCGAGAUGGAACCGCUACUGCGGAGAUUUGACAUGCCUCUAAGCGCGGAAAAUGACGAACCUAUUUUACAGCGGGGCCUCAAUACGAUAUUAGUGCUGCGCAACCUGGCUCAAGACACGGAAUCUACUCAGGUUUUGGCUACCAAUAACAUUUUGAAAGGUUUUAUCCUCUCGGUUUUACAAUUGUUCAACGCUAUCAACAGCAAUGCAUUUUCUCUUUAUUCUAAAAACGCGCCGUUCUUCAACGAGUUGAUACACUACGUUAUUGAUCUGAUGGAGGCGAUUUCAUCAUACAUCGCACCAGCAAGAAAAGACGAUCCUUAUUUUCAAAACCUUGUUUCGAUCUUAACUGACACCAAUGACCGCUACAUGGUUAUCUCUAUUCUACGAUCUCUUUCAAGACUUCUUGUCAGGUCCAAAGCAGAUGAAGAGAGCGCCGCUGACAAUUUGCAUAACAAUAUUCUCGAUCAAAUCACGUCAUUUCUACUGGUUGACUGCGAUAGUGAGCUAAUCACUGCAUCCCUGGACUUUCUGUAUCAAUACGUCCUUCCUGGAAACGAAAGAAUUGCUACGUUGCUGAAAAACAAGCAAAGAUACGCUAUUUUAUCUGCGGUACUUCCAAGGCUGUUAUCUUACAACGUAAGGAUGCCUGACUAUGACGCGUUGGCCAAGACAGAAAUAAAGCUAACGAGAAGAGUUAAACCACCAGCACCCACUGAGCCACCGAAGCUGGACAAGGGCUUGUUUUCUCAGAUACUUGAACUUAAUGAGCCCAUGAGAUCGAGUGCUUGGCUUUGGUGCUGCUUCGAACAAGCAGCAGAUGCCGAGGUCACUCAGAUUAGUCUCUGGAGGGGUUAUGAGUCUGAGUUUUCUCAAGCUGUUAAGGAAUCUGGGAGGAAACUUCUUCCUGCUGUUGAGUUUAUAAAAAAUGUUUCAAAUGCUUUUAAGGACGCUUCUGCCAUGGUUAUCACAGAUCCCACGACAGGCAAGAAAAGGUUUGUGAUAAAAGGCAUUCAGCCAAGAUCUUCGCCUGUUUCAAUCGCGGACGGGGAAGUUUCGGCAAGCCGCCCGGUAGGAAAAGACUCUUUGCCAAGCAACGCAACUGAAAACAGUGUUCGGGAAGCAACACAGACAACGCUUCCCGGCGUGGAGUUUCCAACUAAAAUCUCUGAGGUUUCGAAAGCAAGUGCCACCUUUCUCUGUCUAAUAUCUAACGACAACAAGGGCAUUGGAAUCAGCUUUUGCAAGGAAGUGAGGCCCAUAGUGUUGCACGUACUUGCAAACAUUCCUCCCCUCAACACUGCUCUUGCGGAGUACAUGGACAAUGUGCCUACUGCGUAA